UGGUUGGCUGUGACGUCAGAAACAGCCCAAGUCGGCUCCACCAAGCCACAUAGUUACUAUCGCACUCGCCUUUCUAUUCCCUCUCUCUUUGUCUUUCUGUCUAUCUUUCUAUCUGUUCCCACCACUUUUUGUUUACCUUCCACUCUCUAAUUCCCUCUGUCUAUCACUCUUUCAUUUAUCCUAACUACUGUCAUCAACAGUUCGACAAACAAAUUAUCGCUAAUACUUUUAUCUACAGCUUCCCCCACAUACAAAAGAAAAACCACGCUUCACUCAGGUUUAAUAACACGGACAAGAACAAUAAUAACAAUAUCACAUUAGAUCUGUUAAAAAAAGGGUGAAACCUUGCCAAAAGUCCAAAAGUUAUGGCGCCUAAUCAGGACACAGCCCAGCAGAAGAUGCUCGAGGCAGAGAAACACCGUAACCCGCAUCUUAUGAAGCACCCCUGCAAACCUCUGUGUGCAAACACUGCCUAUAGCUGCAACAAACUUUGGUUGUUCCUUUACACUCUACUCUAUGUGUUUGUUGGAAUUACAUUGUUGAUCAUCGGUGUUUGGGCUGAGGUGGAACGUCGGAAGUAUGGUGCCCUUAAUAACCUCAUGUCCCUACCUGUAGCCUUGCUGCUUUCUGUUGGUCUCAUUAUCUUCAUCAAUGCCAUUCUCGGCCUUGUUGGAACAUUCCAAGAGCAUGUUAUUCUAUUGAAAGUGUUCCUGACAAUUACAGUGGUUGCAUUUUUUGUUCAAGUGUCGAUUGGAAUUUUGGCAUUCAUCUACAGAAAUGAAACUGAGUUGACACUGAACUCUGAAGAAUUAAGACCAUCCCUUGCAGAGUACCAUUCUAAUGAACGGAUGCGGUCAACUUUGGAUAGGCUUCAGAGUUCGUGGGAAUGUUGUGGCUUUGAUUCUUUCCAUGAUUAUGAAGUCAAUGCUUAUUUCAAAUGCGAUGCUAGUGGAGAAGAAUCUUGUGGUGUACCACCAUCAUGCUGUAUCAGUUCUCCGGGAGACUUUCCUCGUUACUCUUGUGGUUAUAAUGUCCGACGUAACCUGACUGUGGAGACGAACAAGAUUAUCCACACUGAUGGUUGUACUUCAUUGUUACGAAGACUGUUGGUUCUACGACUGGAUAUUGUCGGAAUGGCUGGACUUGGAAGUGCAAUACCUCAGAUCAUUGGAUUUUUACUGGGGUAUUACUUUAUCCGGCGGGUUGAAGAAUACCGAACAUGGUAUUGUGUUGGUGUAAUCGGCUCCUCAAGUUCUGCUAAUUCUUAAGAACACCCCUAAAGCUAUCUGUGCUGGCCAUUAACCAUGCUCCUUGUCAGGCAAUCUCACAAAGCCCACCACUUCUGUGUUGUCUGUAUGUCAUAAUCAACUGAAGACCAGCACAGAAUGAAAAAAAAUUUUUAAUUUGCGGGCUGGAUGUAAAAGGACACAGUGAUGGAUUGACAAAACAUGUCAGAUGAAAAAAAAAUAAAAACUUCUUUUCUUUU